AUGCUGUCUGAUUGAGCCCUUUUAGCGCCACGCUGCUUGGAUUCUUCUCUUCGGAUUCCCUAACUAUGCCGAUUGCUUUUCGAUCCAACGGGGGCGUUUCGAUCUCAGGAUCCGACUUCACCCACGGUGUGCCCUGUACUUCGAUUCGCGAUCGGAGCUUCUCCCCUGAGCGUGACGAGGAUUCUGAUUCCAGCAGCUCAUCUUCGAUUGGUAGGAACAGUGAUUCGUCCGAAGAUUCUUCCGACCGUGAAGACUCCGGCGAGGCUGAGGCGCAGAGCUUGUUUAAGGGACCUCUGGAAACCGUAAAUACUUUAGAGGAGGGUUUGCCUGGGAAGAAAGGCAUUUCCAAGUUUUACAGCGGCAAGUCCAAGUCCUACUCAAGCUUGUCAGAUGCCACAUCCGUUGCUUCUAUCCAAGACAUAGUAAAGCCGGAGGACCCUUAUGCCAAGAAACGCAAGAAUUUAUUAGCUCAUAGCAUGUUUAUGAACAGGAGCCGCAGUUAUGCAUCUAAUCUUGGAGGAAUGCCGAAGCGAUCAGCUAACCUUGGUCGAGGAGCAUCUUGCAUUGCUUUGAGUAGCUCCAGUAGCAGUAGUAAUAGUGAGGAGGGGACAUCAUCAUCAAUAUCGCCUCCUUCCUGUCUUCCGCCUUUGCAUCCAAAGGCAAAAAAGUUACCGGAAAAUCCGUCAAAACCUUGUCCUCCCAAACCUUCUAAAACUUCUCCUUGGCGAUCUUACUCCUGGUCUGAUCUGCAGUCUGUUGCUUCUGAGGCUCAUGAUUUAUCUGGUUUGGCAAUUUGUAGCGGAGACAAAGACAACAAGAUACAUUGAAAUUUUGACCAGUUUUAAUUGUAUCAGUUUAUAACUGGGGGGUUUUCCAAGUUCAGUCACGUUUCUGUUAUGUAGUAUGUAUUAUCCGAGCGACUCCUUCUGUCUGAGUUGUAGAGGCUUGUAUGUAUACUAAGGAUUAACAUGUUAUGAAAUAUAUGAGCUUUUUCUUCCUUCCGCU